AUUAAGAUGUGCAUGGUACCCUAGACAUUUAAUAUAUAACCAAACUAAAUAUGUGGUAUGUCUUGCUACUUUAUUUUAUAUAUACUGGCUGUUUUAUUUUAAGGAAAUGUUAAUGUUUGGGCUAAUUUACGUAAAGAUUGAUCUUCUAACGAUCAGUAUUGCAAUGUAAGCAGUUAGUAAGAAAAACAAGCUAGCUGGGGGCAAGGGGUCAGCUUUGAAAAAUAACGAAACCUUGAGCGAGACAAUACUUCUGCUAAUAUGGUGCAAAAACAACCAGCUAAGAGUACAAGGUGCGAGACGGUUGCUAAGUUCAAGGGCUGAAAAUAUCAUUAGACAGGGAAGUGGGUUAUGCAGCUGGAGUUUGAGACAAUGAGGACAUGAUCAUAUGCUUUCUCUGUAAGAAAUGAGAUCAUUGUAAAGCAAUGACCCUCGUGACCUCUAGGGGCCAUAGGGGAGGCUCUAAAUUGCUAUAUAAGAAAGAUCGCUGUAAUGCUUGGGUACGCUCUUCUUUUGGAAGGCGUCCGAUUCUGCAGAAUUUGUUAAUAAAAUCUUUGUUCUCUUGAAUUUGUCCAGAGCGAUUAUUUAGAAGUGAAUUUUCAUUUCUAACAACUUGGGGGCUCGUCCGGCUCCACACUCCGGCUGCGGUGGGCUCGAGGAAGGACAUCGGAGACGGUGCACCCUACCGAGUUCGGUAGUCCCCGAUUCCUUACUCGCCGUCCCGCUUCGCGGCUUGAGCGAGUGGUAUCCGGGAGGCUCAGGAGAACAAAGAGGGAGGAGACUGGCCAGUCAUAAAGGGAAAAACGGGCAGGGGAUCGAGUAAUUUUGGUGCACUGAAGCCAGGGAUUCCUGACUCAGACCCCUCCACUCGAUAUCCACCUCCACAAAGUGGAACCGGGAGACUGGGUUUUGAUAAAAUCCUGGAAACCGGAGAAACUCCAAUCACUCUGGGAGGGACCGUUUCAGGUGUUACUCACCACCGAAGUUGCCAUACGAACAAAAGAAAAAGGGUGGACUCACGCCGCCAGACUAAAAGGCCCGGUGUCGCCGCCCAAAGAGGACUCUUGGUCGUGUGAGGCCGGUGAUGAACCGUUGGUGGUGAAGUCAAAGAAACAUCAAAAAUGAACUCUCUUGGGACUCUUUUGCUACAUACUGUAUUAUUAUUUGCCUUCCUUUUAGUGGGGAAAUUGACUGGUAACUGUGAUAAAUGCCGCUCUAGGGUUCGGGUGUGGGACAUUGAGUUAGAGUUACGCGGAUCCUUUGUAUCCCACUCCUCUUAUGCUAAUAAUACUCGCUGUUAUGAUAUGUACCCACAACAAAAGUGCUGGGAAAAAGGGAAAACUAUACUAUCAAGUAAAAAAACAGGGGAUAUCUCGGUCUAUCUAAGGCUAGGGUCUAUCGUUGCCCCUUUAUAAAUUACGAAUGGUUGUGUAUGUCAACAGACAGUUUACAGGGACAUGCUGAAUUACUGGAAACAGACAAAAGUAGAACUAAAAGGGAAUGUGCCAAAUGCGGCGCUAUAAUUCAAUUGGGAGAUCCUAAUUUCUUCUCCCUUUGCCAUGAUGAGGAGUCCCGGGAGGAAUGUUGGGAGGAUGGGAAAUUGUAUUAUCAAAUGUUAAAUAAGGGAUAUAUUGGAUGGCCUGAGGGGAGGGUCCAUGAAUGUAUUUGGGAAGAACACGAAUGGGUCUGCAUUAAAAAAAAAGACAGUUGGGAUAAGGCUAACAGGCCGUGCGACAAAUGCCGCCAAACUGUGAAAUGGGGAGACCAUGUCUUUCCGGGGUCUUUUGUGUUUCACACUAAAAUAAGUGAUGCCUGUUACAACCGGGAGAAAAUGAUACCAUGUUGGGAGGAUGGGGAACAUUACUACCAGGUAUUCAGCCUGGGAUAUUACACGAGUGGAAAUAUAGACUGUCCACUUAUGGAAUAAUGGCUCUGUAUCAGUUUUACUGGCUCGGCAGCGGACCACUUUGACCGGGUUAAGGAAAUAUAUCCCGGGUUAGAGAAAUCUAUUCCAAAUUACGAUGCCAGAAUAGCCACCUCAGCCAAGGUUUCCUCCCUCUAUGAGGACAUUAAGAAACGGCUUACUCUUCCUGAUGUUGUGAAAAAUCUCUUUAUUGACUUCACGUCUCAAAUUGCCAAAAUUUUAAAUGUGACGAGCUGUUGGGUUUGUGGGGGUCCGCAUAUGACCGAGCAGUGGCCAUGGACGGGGGAGAGUUUGGAUGUUCAGGAAAUCCUCGAAUACAAUUGGACUUACUCCAAGAACAGAAUUUAUCAAGUCUGGAAAUUGCAGAAUACCCCGGCGGGCCACUUCUGCGUUGGGAAACAAGGGUCCCGCCCAGUUGGUGACAGCCCCUGUCAGCGGGUCUUGAAUCUCACCACAGACACUUGGUGGCCCCGACCCUUGGGUUGGUUUCUCACCAAACAACCCCUUGGGUUGUCUAUCACCCAACAAGGGGAUCUCACCUGCAGGCGGUUGCAUCCCACCUCUGAUUCCUGGAAUUGCAGUGGUUCUGGCCCUUAUGCGGGAAUGCCGGGAAUUAGGGAGGCCUGGGACGGUGUUGCCAGGGACAGUGGAGGGGGUCCUAUAUCCAGGUUGCCCGAGAAAUGGGGUGGCUUAUGCUUCCUCGGUAUAGUCAGACCAGAGUUCUUUCUCCUCUCACGUGAUCAAGGGGCUGACCUGGGGGUUAAGUUGUUCGACUCCCUGCAACGGAGGUCCGGAAAGCUAGCACGGAAGCGUAGGAGUGCUAGUCAGUGGAAUGUCCACCAGUACGGAGACAUCCACUUGGCCAAGUGGGGCGCAGAUUGGCCACCGUCCCGUAUCAUUGAGUAUUAUGGGCCGGCAAGUUGGGCUCAGGAUGGCCCUUGGGGUUACAGAACUCCAAUUUAUAUGCUUAAUCGCAUCAUUCGCUUGCAGGCGGUGAUGGAAAUAAUCACCAACAAAACCGCCUUCGCAUUGGAAUUACUGGCUAGACAGCAGUCUCAAAUGAGGGCUGCAAUAUAUCAGAAUCGUCUUGCUUUAGACUACCUGCUUGCCUCUGAAGGGGGUGUCUGCGGGAAGUUUAACACGACAAAUUGUUGUCUGGAGAUAGACGAUAACUACGAGGCUGUCCUAAAAAUCACCCGGGACAUCCGUAAAAUAGCCCAUGUACGUGUCCAGACGUGGCGACCUAUAGGGGACGCUAGUUGGUGGAACACGCUUUUUGGGGGUGGCUGGUGGCGCAUGGCAUUAAUAAUGAUGGUGGGUGUCGGGGCCCUGUUCCUCGUUAUUCCCUGUCUGGUUCCUUGUGUUAGGGUAUUGAUCCAACGCCAUAUCGCCCAGAUGCAAGCCAUUGCCAUACCCCAACAUGGUACUCAUGAACUUAAAGUUUUACUAUUGAAAAGACAGAAGGACCUCCCUGAGCCGUAAUUCAGCCUAUUCUGUUACGCAUGCACAUCUUAAAAAGAAAAAGGGUGGAGUUGUGAGAUUUAGAUUUGCUUUAUUAUGCAACAAGAAGCUAUUAAGAUGUGCAUGGUACCCUAGACAUUUAAUAUAUAACCAAACUAAAUAUGUGGUAUGUCUUGCUACUUUAUUUUAUAUAUACUGGCUGUUUUAUUUUAAGGAAAUGUUAAUGUUUGGGCUAAUUUACGUAAAGAUUGAUCUUCUAACGAUCAGUAUUGCAAUGUAAGCAGUUAGUAAGAAAAACAAGCUAGCUGGGGGCAAGGGGUCAGCUUUGAAAAAUAACGAAACCUUGAGCGAGACAAUACUUCUGCUAAUAUGGUGCAAAAACAACCAGCUAAGAGUACAAGGUGCGAGACGGUUGCUAAGUUCAAGGGCUGAAAAUAUCAUUAGACAGGGAAGUGGGUUAUGCAGCUGGAGUUUGAGACAAUGAGGACAUGAUCAUAUGCUUUCUCUGUAAGAAAUGAGAUCAUUGUAAAGCAAUGACCCUCGUGACCUCUAGGGGCCAUAGGGGAGGCUCUAAAUUGCUAUAUAAGAAAGAUCGCUGUAAUGCUUGGGUACGCUCUUCUUUUGGAAGGCGUCCGAUUCUGCAGAAUUUGUUAAUAAAAUCUUUGUUCUCUUGAA